AUGGCGACGUUUCAACCAGAUACCUACGCUCAACAUUCGACCAAGAAAGCUUAUUUGAUCAUUGCCAUUUUGGUACUAUUUUGUGAGAAACUAGAUAUUCCUCCCAAAUUUCCAAAUAAGCUGAAAUCAUUAUAAGAAAUUUAUGAAAUUGUCAUUUUUCGAAGAUUUCUGAAGAUUUUUUUUAUUUAAACUAGACCACUCUGCAGAUGAAAACGGGUAAAGAACAUCAUAUUAAAAAAACUGAAAAAUAUUUUUCAAAAGCGGCCCAGUAAAUUCCAAACUAGUAAAUAACUUCGAGUGUUCAGAUAGUUGCUUCGACGUCUUUGACCUGCUUUUCCAUGAAGAAGUACGAUUUCGACAUGAAGUACCUCUAUUGCUCGAGCGUCACUCCCACAACACUUGAUGACGUGUCAACCAUGGCGGUUAUUCUGGGAGUCCUGGAGUUCGUCGUACUUUUUUAUACGACAGUUUUGAAACGCAUAAAUGAUGUCCUAAUCAAAAAGUUCGCGCUUCUUAAUUGGUUGACUUUUUUUUUCUGGAAAGUUUAGGUUUCGCUACGAAAAUUUGCAAAAAACAGGCCAGCUAAUGGAAAAUCUCGAAGUUUUUCGACUUCUGGUGCCGUCAUUUGUAUUUCAUUUGAUCUUCUUUAUCACUUUCAACAUGGUGACCUCGACUUUGUCCAAUUUUCGGAGAUUAUUCGAAGACGAGGUCUCCUUCCGCAUUUUUCUCACAGCUAUUUACGUGAGUUUGCUUUGAAGUUAUGAAGUUUGACGGAAUAUUUAUUGGUGAACGAAAAAUAGGAAAAAAGACUGCAGCUGUGGACAUUAAAUUUCUAUUAUUUACUCGAAAAAGCAAAAAUAGGAAAAAACAGGCCAUAACUGAAAAAUAAAUUAGUUAAAAAGUAACAAGAUUUCACAUUUUGAAUAAUGGUGUUCAGUCCCGAUAAACCAAAUUUCCAAGAAGGAAGAAUUUCUGAAAACUUACUCAAUUUUGUCGUUCCACCCUAGAUAUUCAAGAUUCAAAAUACUAAGAAAAAAUAAUCUUCAUUAAUUAGGCCUCCGGAACUCAGCCAAAUAUAUUAUUCGAUGUUUCACACUCCAGUUCACUCAACUUGUACAAUACUAAACUAAACACUUGGUUAAUUCAAAUCAAAAUUCAUAUUUACCUGAUUCAUAAAAUGAUCAUUUUCCUAGCUCAAUAAUUCAAAGUUAUCUUCCAAUAUUAUUAUCAAUAACUUUCUGUGCUGAGAAAAAUCAAAUUUAAUUUUUAAUUCCAAAUUGAAGAUAGUACCAAUCUACACGUUCAUAGCUCCACUGAUAAUGCAAAAUAUCCUGAGCCGAGGAGCUCAGAUGCGACGUCAGAAACUUAAUGAAGUCCGAGUUGUGUCGCGAAACCCUAACGACGUCUACUUCAACUUGUACAGCAACAUGUGGGCCAAGCGUUGAAGCCCUGUUUCGAGAAAACGUGAAAUUUGAAGUAUGAAGCAAGGCACUAACCAAGCUUGAAACUAUACAGAGCUCUGAAGAAAAUACGGAAACCGUAAUUCUCCAAAAUCUACCGUCAUUUUCCAUUUCUCACCUCGUCCUGUUCCUGGGCAUGAUCAUCGCCGUCCCCAACGUCGACAAGUUUGAACUUUACUUCAACAGUCAGAACGACCUCAGGGCUUUUUCCAGUGUCAUUUAUGUGAGUCGAUUGAGCUAUUCGAAGAUGAAAACACCAAAUAAUUCAAUUCACUGGAAUAAUUUCAUUUCAUUCCAGCUACUGCCAAUUUACUCGUUCCUAGCGCCGGUCAUUCUUCUAUCGACUUUGAAGAAAGCCGCCGCCUUGAGAACAGAGAAACUGAACGCCGUCUGUCGCUACGAUCCCAACGAGAACGAAGUCUACUUCAACAUGUACAAGCAACAGUGGUGA